CAGUGUCCUCUGUUGUUGAAGGGAGACGCCAAAGCGGCGGCUGCUAGACAGGGGGAACAAACCCGCAGUGUGCUGGAUGAAUUUCACAGCCGUGCGGAAAAAUUGGCUUGUCUGGCAACUGGAGGGACGCUUACUACACUAACAUAAGCUGCAUUUGGAUGAAAAGUCGUGAAGAUAUUCGGUCGGGGCGUCUUGAAUGCUAGCAAGCUGGCGCCGGGGCUAGCGCUUACAAAACGCUAAAGUUAAGCUAAGCUAAUAGUGGACUAAAUUUACCUGAGAAGACUGCGAUCCUGGGCGAGGAAAGAAGAGAAAACGCCGAAAUGAGUCAAACUUCUACAAGGUUCCGAGCAGCUUAACCGGAUUUUACAGCAGUUCUGUGUUGCAAUGAGGAGCCCCAGAGUCCAGCUCUGAGUGCUCAGAGGCAUGAACUCAGUUUCCCCCAGCGCAGCACAGUACAUAGGGGGAGUGAUGCAGGAUGAGCUGAUGGAGAAUAGGAGGCAGCAGCCCAUGGAGCGGCAGGGCAGUUUUGGUCUCAGGCUGCCUCAGACUCCAGAUCCCAGCAGAGAGGCAGCUGGAGAGCCUGAUGAGAUGGACAAACUGAAAGCCAAACUGAUGUCAGCAUGGAACAACGUCAAAUAUGGUUGGACUGUUAAAUCCAAAACUUCCUUCAACAAGAUUUCACCAGUCACUGUCCUGGGACACUCUUAUCUGCUCAACAGUGAGGAUGAGGUGGAGCGGUUUCGCUUGGCUUUUGUUUCCAGGGUAUGGCUCACAUACAGGAGGGAGUUCCCUCAGCUGGAGGGCUCCACCUGGACCACAGACUGUGGUUGGGGCUGCAUGCUGCGCAGUGGCCAGAUGCUGCUGGCACAGGGACUCCUGGUUCAUUUGAUGCCAAGAGAUUGGGCUUGGCCAGAUGCUCAGCAGCUAACCGAUGUGGACUUUGAGGUAUUCAGACCACGUUCCCCAGCUCGGGCUGGUGGCGUCCCCAUACCUUCUUUUGGCUCUCCUCGAGGAUCUAACACCCCUGAAAAGUCUCUGCCAAGCGACCAGGUGCCCAAAUGCAGCCAGAAGAAGAGACCUGAGUGUGCUAGGGACAGACAAGCAGAGCCCGUCCACCACAAGUUGGUGACGUGGUUCGGGGAUCAGCCCCCGGCACCUUUUGGAGUUCACCAGCUGGUGGAAAUAGGCAAAAGUUCAGGGAAGAAGGCUGGUGACUGGUACGGCCCUUCUGUAGUGGCACACAUACUACGGAAAGCAGUAGCCAAAACCGCUGUUGUUCACAACCUGGCUGUGUAUGUGGCUCAAGAUUGUACAGUAUACAAAGAGGAUGUGUUGCAUCUAUGUGAUCUGUCACUAAGCCAGACUCCUCCUGAUCCGUCCAGCCAAGCCUGGAAGUCUGUCAUCAUACUGGUGCCUGUCCGACUGGGAGGGGAGGCCCUCAACCCAUCUUACAUUGAAUGUGUCAAGAACAUCCUAAAGCUGGAGUGUUGUAUUGGAAUCAUCGGAGGAAAACCGAAGCAUUCACUCUACUUCAUUGGCUUCCAAGACGAGCAGCUGCUGUAUCUGGAUCCUCACUACUGCCAACCUGUGGUGGAUGUAACACAAGUCAACUUCUCACUGGAGUCCUUCCACUGUACCUCUCCCAAAAAGAUGCCCUUCAACCGCAUGGAUCCCAGCUGUACCAUCGGCUUUUAUGCCAAGAACAAGAAGGACUUCGAGUCUCUGUGUUCUGCUGUUAGUGUGGCCCUGUCAUCAUCCAAGGAGAAGUAUCCUAUCUUUACCUUUGUAGAGGGCCAGAGUCAGGACUAUGGACUUGAGGGUCACAGCAGCAAUCACAGUGGAUCUGCAGCCCACAUCCUGCCCCCGGGAAAACUGGGCAGGAGUAACAACAGAAGAAACAGUGAUGAGUUUGUGUUCCUUUAAAUCUCAGGGGGAUGCUCUCCCAGCUCUCACCUGUAGAGGGCAGAAAGGGAACGGUUUGUUUCCUUUCAAAUGGAAGAACUCAUCUGUUGCAGCUGCAAGGUGGACAUGAUGCUUUUGUGCUUUAUCAGCCUCACUGGUGAACAGAAAUAAAAAAAAAAACUGUGUGGUUCCUGUCAUCACCUCUCUGUGGAUGAGUAUUAUAAGCUAUUAGGGCAUUAGGGUUGGGUCCUGACUGGAGCAUAACUUUACUGGGCAAAGGCACGAUUUUAAAAUGGAUCAUGGUUAGAAAUGUUUCAUUUAGUAUUCAUGAUUCACUUUAUCACACACCCAAAAGGAAAAAAAACCCUUGGACAUGUUGGAGCAAAAUCAAGCGCUUUAAAGUCCUCAACUCAGUUACCACUCAACUACUGUGUUUUCUUUGGUCUUAACUGGACACACUGGAGGUGAUGUGUGGUCGACAUAAUAUGUAAUGAGCUCACUGGUCAGGUGAGCGGCUGCCUGACAUUGUUCUUGACUUGUAUUAUAUACCAGCUGCUGUACAUCUCCUUUUUUCCCCCCCUUAUUUAUCAGGUUUCUGAAUGUGAUUGUGUGUGUUUGCGUGUGAGUGAGUGUUUGGGUUAGUGUAGUUUAUUCGUUUUGUCUUUAAUCAGCGUCCUGAUGUAUUUAAGAGUCACAUUGCAACUCGCAGAGGUUUCAGAUUCUUCCAAGAGCAUCUUCUUUCUUCACUUGUAUUUUCAGUUGCAGCUCUUGAUUCAUGUCGCGUUACAUUUCGUGCAGUCUCUCAGAGUUGUCCCCCACAGUCCUGCUCGCCAUAUCUGUGUUGCUUGCUUCAUUGCUAGUUACUUUGUUAGCCCGAGGCAGUGUCUAAAACAGUGUGUUGAUUUUCUGAUCGGGGUGUUUAUCAUUCAUGAGUUUUUUUUUUUACUCAUGAGUUCUUCUCUUGGGCAAUUUUGUGAAUAUAAAAUGAUAAAUUUGGCGAAUACUGCUUAACAAACACAUUUGAGCGUCUCUGCGUCUUCAGCAAGCAACUGCUCCUCAUCACAUCAUCACUGGACUUCCACCUUUCAAGAGCAGCUGUAAAUUCAUUCUACUGUUGCAGACUGGCUGAAUAUCACACAGAUGACCCUAGGGUCUUGAUCCCAAACCCUUCCAAAUUUUUGGCUCCCUAUUAUUCAUCAUUAAGAUUAUGAAACUCUCAGAAAUCUGUUUAAAUGUUUCGUUUGCUUGAAGAGUUGUGUCAUCUUCCAGAUAGGGGGUUGAAGACAAAUGGUCUCUUCAGUCGGAAAUGGAUGCGGAUCUUUAACUGUCAAAUUGUGGCUUGUCACAUGAAGCCAGAUUACGGAGUUAUCUGGAUUAAUUUGCAAAGCAAAACCCCAAGCAGCUAUUUUUAUCUAAGCACAGGUUCUGGGUCUACCUUGGCCUGCACAAGCUGAAUGGAGAUUUUGCCUGGAUCUUCAAGCUUCUGUUGCAAUGUCACUUGUGUUUUGUUUGUCCCUUUUUUACGUGAAGGCUACUACUGCAAGUUGCACUACUGUCAUUUGGUUUGUUGUCCUGAAUAAACUUCAAACACUGGAAUCACA